GGCGGAGCUAUAGCUGAUAAGGAAUGCAGUGCUCAAGGUUUGGGCAAGGAGGACAGACCUGGGCUAAAGCGAGUCUUCUUCUCCCACAGGCCACGUCGUGUAUGCAACCGCCUGUACAUGAAAGCCCGCCCCUUCCCCGACGGCCUGGCCGAGGACAUUGACAAAGGAGACGUCUCCGCCCGCCAGGAGCUGAAGACACGGGCCCGUUACCUGGCCGAGAAGUACGAGUGGGACGUCGCCGAGGCCCGCAAGAUCUGGUGCUUCGGCCCGGACGGCACUGGCCCCAACAUCCUGACGGACAUCACCAAGGGGGUGCAGUACCUCAACGAGAUCAAGGACAGCGUUGUGGCAGGCUUCCAGUGGGCCACGAAGGAGGUAAGCAAGAGUGGGCGCCCCUCAUCGCAGGGCGGCGGGCUGUCUGCGUCCUGCCUUCUUGGAAUGGAGCAGAGACUUGCUGCAGUUUCCAAAUAAUAAUUUAUUAUUUGCACCCCGCCCAUCUGGCUGGUUUU